CAGGUGGAGAGCUAAAAACCAGGCAGCUCAGGACACAUCGGGAGGAAAUUUAACACAAGGAAAAUGAAAGUAUACUUUCUCUUACACUGAAGAGGGAUUACAGAUGUAAAGGGGCCCGACGUUGGCCGCCUGGCCGUAGUUUGAGUGUGUGAACUGCACAUGAGAGCAGUGUGUUUGUUUGCGAGGCGGUAGCGAGGUAAGGCAUCAGAAUAAUGGAGGGAGAGGAGAGGGCCAGGGCAGCUAAUGCGAGGUCGAGCCUGACCGCUCUUCAGGAGCAGCUGAUCUGGGCCCUGCUAGAAUCCGGACUGUCCCGGGACAUCCUGGUCCAAGCCUUGGGGGAACUGGAGCGAGACAGGGCGACUGCUGGUGCAGAGAAGGGAGAGAAAGGAGAUGGAGAGAGCUCUGAAGAAGGAGAAAUGGAUUUCCCACCGCCCAUAUUCCGAGAUUUGGAAAAGCUUCCCCCAGAGGAGGCAGCCAAACUGAGGAGUGAAGUCGACCGGCUACUGCAGGAGGAUCCCUGGCGUGUUGCGAAAAUUGUGAAAAGCUACAUGCAGCAGCACAACCUUCCUCAGAGAGAGGUGGUUGAAUCUACAGGACUCAACCAGUCCCACCUCUCCCAGCACCUCAACAAAGGCACGCCAAUGAAGAACCAGAAGAGAGGUGCUCUGUACACCUGGUACGUCAAGAAGCAGUGCGAGAUUAGCCAGCAGUUCACCAAUGCCAAACAUGGCCUUGGAUCAGGGGAGGACCAAGGAGAGGAAACCAGAAAAGGACGGAGGAACAGGUUCAAAUGGGGUCCUGCGUCCCUGCAGAUCCUCUUCCAUGCAUACGAACGACAAAAGAACCCCAGCAAGGAGGAAAGAGAGGGGUUGGUGGAUGACUGUAACAGGGCAGAGUGUCUACAGAGAGGGGUGUCUCCCUCCCAGCUGGCUGGCCUAGGCUCUAACCUGGUGACGGAGGUCCGGGUGUACAACUGGUUUGCCAACCGGCGCAAAGAGGAGGCCUUCCGUCAUAAACUGGCACUGGACACGCCUUACGGCAACCAGUCUACCUCCUCUUCCAACCCCGCUCUCCCACAUAGUCCUGAGCACGGUGUGAAAUACAGCCAACAAAUUGCAUGUGAAACCCUGAGCUCAGUCAGGGGUAGCGGAGGGGAAAGAGUGGGACGCCUGGUGAUCAGCCCUGUCCAACUGGAGCCCAGCCACACACUCCUCGAGACCCACAAUCCCAAGCCGGUGUCCAGCGGUGGCCCGCUGCCCCCAGUAAGCACUCUGACCUCGCUGCACAGUCUGUCUGCCUCCCCCGCGUCCUCGCAGGGCGUCAUCAUGGCCUCACUGCCCAGCAUCAUGAGUCUGGGAGAGUCCUCACUUUUCAUCGGUUUAGCCUCCACCCAGCCUCAGACCAUACCGGUCAUAAACAACGUGGGGGGCAGUUUCACCACUCUGCAGCCAAUCUCAUUCCAGCAGCAGCUUCACGCCUCCCAGCAGCAGCAAAUAUCACAGCAGCUCCACGGUCACAUGGGUGCCAGUCCAUUCAUGGCAACAAUGGCACAGCUGCCAUGUCACAUGUACAACAAGUCUGAUUCGCCCCAGUACCACUCAUCCAGUCUGCUGUCUCAAGCCAUGGUCAUCACUGACAGCAGCAGCCUGGGGACGCUGACCAGCCUCACUGCUGUCCGACAGAUUCUAACAGCGGAUCCUGAAGAACAGACGGACCCAUCCUUACAGGAAGAAUCUCUGCACCUGCAACCCGCCACACCUGUACCAGCUUCCUCCGAGAGCCUCGAGCUGUACCCCGCCUCUCAGACGACAGAAAGCCACCAGUCUCACCUCCUCUCACCUUCACCAACAGACAUCAGCUCCUACAUUCCUACACAAAUGGUUUCUACUGCGCAAUAGGAGCGCUUUGCCAGCAAGUGUCUACCCACUGUCAGCUGGACUAAUGCAUGUGGUAUCGUUUGGGAUGGACAGAUACCUUAGGUGUAACUUUCCAGAGAAACCACAUCAAAUUUUGGAGGAUGUCUGGGGUCACGGACCACAAGGAUUCAGCUUUGAUGUUUCAAACUCCAAACAACUGGAAUAUGAACAAGGAUCAACAAUAGAGAAGAUUUACUUUUGAUACAACAGGGAAUCCAAUGAAAAAUCAACACCAAAACAUGUUUUUAUUAAAAUAAUUUUUUUAGUAACA